GGUUUUGAUGGAUGUGAUGAUGAGCAGCUGGAAUCUUUAGCAGCAGAGAAGUGAGAUUUAUCACAGAGGUAAAAACGCGUGGGGUUCCUCAGGGAUCAGUCUCAGGACCUCCCACUUUCAAUCGACAUGUCUUUUGUUGUCUAAUUAGUAAUUCUAUGUUUACCUUUCUCCCUAACCACUGUUUCUGUGUAUUUCCUCUCCUCACUUCCUCCCUUCAGUCCUUUCCUCACCUCUCCUUUCCUUCUCAUUCGUCUCUUUAAUAACCACCUUCGGGUUCACUUUGUGUCUUAAAAUCUUCUUCAUCCUCAGUAACUGUGUGUAUUUCUGAUAUUUUGCGUCUCAGUAAAACACAAACUGAAACAUUCCUCUGAGCUGCCUCUGUUUACUGGCUUCUGUUUUCCUGCUUCCUGUUUUGGCUGCUGUGUUGUCAUUGUUUACCCUCCAUCAGCUGAUUAAAGUAAUUAGAGUGCAUGUUUCAGUUUAACCCAGCUGUAGCAUGACAUGAGACUUUCACUUUGUUGUUGUUGUUGUUGUUGUUGUUGUUGUUGUUGUUGGGAGCAGUCUGGACCACUAUGGACACUUGUUUAUUGACUUUGUUGGAUUUAAGUUUUUUGUCAUGUUUUUCUUUCAUAUAUUUGUUUUAAGUGAAUGUUGAAAUAAAACCAAGUCAUAUCAGUGCAUUGAACUCAGUAGCAACACAAACAGAGCUUCAGAUAAAGCCAAGCUGCAGGAAAAGGUCUCAGUGUGAGAAACAGAGGCUGGAAGCUUUAAACUGGGGGAAUGGGAGUUUCUCUGUGCGGCGGGAGAGUUUGUGGAAGUUUAAACUCUGGCUGAGAUUCAGAGCCGUCAGAGUCCACAGCUGAUGGGAGUCUGAUGAGCGUCUCUCUGGGGAGGCAGAGCAGUUUCUGAGGAAUGUGGCUGCUGGUGUCUGGUGUGGUGAUGAUCGGCGUCGGCUUCUCCUCCACCGACCGCAGCAAUCUGGUUGCUGAGCUGUUUGAGGACUUGUCCAGUGCGGAUGGUUUACUGGUCCUGCAGGUGUUUGGUCCAAUCACAGUGGUUUUGUCUGUUCUGGGCAUCUGUGCUGCAUCUUUGGACCUCAAGCCUCUGCUGCUGGUGUUCUCUGCUCUGAUCUUCGUGGAGUUUGUGGCUCUGAUGGUUGUUGCCUCUCCGCUGGUCCAGGUCCAAGCUCAGAUGGACAGUGAAGUGGACAACGUGUUUCUGAACGUGACUCCUCUUCACAGAGCAGAGGAAUACAUCCAGAAGGAACUGAGCACACUCCAGACCUCAGACUCCUGCUGUGGUCUGAGGAGUUUUGAAGACUGGGAGAAUCAACUUCCUGAGUCCUGCUUCUGCACGUCUCCUGCCCAGCUCAGCGCCCAGCCUGGUAACUCCGGAACCUGUGUGGUGGUCGGCAGUGACCCUUCCCCUUCGACCACACAGGUCACAGAUAAACUGGUUCACUCUCAGCCCUGUGGUCCCAUCCUGAAGAGCUACCUAAGCUUCCCCAUCAAACUCAGGAUAGGAAUCAUCUCGGCCGUUGCCACCAUCACGAUGGCGGCCAUCGCUCUGUGUCUGGCACUGGGUCUGGAGGAAUACUGGAAGAAGCCCCCCGUAGAAACCACAGUUGAUGACUACAACAGAGUGAAGUAUCAACCCAAACCCUCCCUCACCUGACCUCUGACCUCUGACCCCUCAGCCAAAACUGAGGCAUCGACGCAUCACGCUGGUGAUGAUCGCAAGAAUUCAAUAACAGCACAUUAUGCAGGUUUGCUGGAAUCUGAAAAUAUUUUCAAAAAUAUGAAGUAAAACAGCGACACACAGGAAAUUUCUAAAAAUGGUUCAAAGCUGAAGCACAAACAAAAUCAUGUAAAGGAAAAAAGAAGAGCACCGCCUCACCGCCUUCUGUCGUUGUAGAAUCACAGUCAGGGGUAGACAAGGACAAAGUGGGGCCCUGUGGGGCAUCACUCGGCCCCUGAGGCCCCAGCGGCUGCCUGCUUUGCCUUCCCACAACUUCACUGCUUGCAUCAGUCAUGUUUGUGUGGUCGUUAGUUGUUGUAGUUUCCUCCUGCAGCCACAAGAUGGCAGCAGUGUGAUAAAUAACAUCCUGUGCAUCGUAUACAUCUGGAGGCUGGGGAAGGUCACUGCGGUGGACGACCUCAGCUUUAUGGAGCAUGAUCCCGCUGGAAGGAUCCAGGCAGACUGUGUCAUGGAGGGAUGAACGUGCUCAGAGACAAUACUCAGACAGACAGUGACAAGAAAACAUCCCCCACGCCAUCACACCACCACCACCACCAGCAGCAGCAGCAGCAGCAGCAGCUGCUGCCUGGGCAGGUGACCUGAGGCAGGCUGGAUCCAUGGACUCAUGCUGCUGAUGCCUCUGUCUUUUUGAUUUGAUUUUCUAUAUUUUGCUUAUUGGUAUCAAACCUCAUUCAAAGGCCAAAGCAACAAUAAAUGUCUCCUACUAACAAGUACUGUGAGCGUAUCUGAUCCCUCUGAGCUCCAAUGUUGUAUUAAACUAUUAAAACACAUC